AUGCAGUGCAUGCAGCCUUGCGUUUUCCAUCGCAGGCGUGGGGUCGACGAAGCCGAAGGGGAGUCUUUCCCGUUCACAGCCGUCGGCAGUGCUUUGAGUCCUUUGGACAAUACCAUCGAUUGCGAGGAGUACGAGGAUGAUCAUCGUACCAAGAAGUACUUGGAAUGUCAACACCUUCACUUGCAUCACAACACCUGUCCAGAUGAUGCUGCUGUCGACCUCGAAAGCCAGUUUGGUGAAGCGGUUGUGCAACUUCCACCUACAACAUCGCCGAUUGAAGAAGUUGUGAUUACGCUGGACGAUAUCAUCAUUGCACCUGAUAUGGACCGUCGGUCGACUCCCUCAUUAAAGGAAAUUUCUAGGAGAAUAGUACACUGGUUGAAUCUGAUAGUGCUGGAUGCAUCUGCAAGGACCUUCAAAGUUGGAGACUGUGCCGGGAACACACCACGCACUUUUUCAAGUUUUGGAGACCGCCACGCUACUGAUCAAUGUGUUAUUGACCAUGAAAAAGAGGCGACGUUGCUGCCCGAUAUACAUGCACUAGUCAGCGAGUUCGCAAGGAUCUCGCCCAAAGGACACCUGAAGAACGACGUGUCCUUCAAUCGACAGACGUCCGUAUUAUUUCUUCCUGCGCAAACCCGAUACGGCUGUUGCAUGAGGUUCUUGCAAUGCGUGCAAAGUCCUAUCCACGUUGCUUACAGCUGA